AUGAGCGCCGCCAUGAAGCUUCACAGGCGCUUCCAGAGGACGGUCCUGGCGCUGGCCACGCUGUGCACGCUGAGCAUCGUCGUGUCCGCGUACUACCUGUACGACAUCGUCACCGUCCUGGAGUCCGGGCGGUUCCGCUACCACGUUGAAAUCGCCCCCGGCAAGGGCGACCUGCCGGCGCUCACGGAAAACGCGCGAGGCAAGUACAUCCUCAUCAUCUACGAGAACAUCCUCAAGUACACGAACCUGGACUCCGGGCACCGCGGCCUCCUGGACAAGUACUGCGCGGACUUCGGCGUGGGCGUCAUCGGCUUCCUGCGGGCCGCCGUGGUGCACGACCUGGGGCUGCGCGACGGCGUCCAGCGCGUGCUCUUCGGCAACGACCUGACCUUCUGGCUGCACAAGCUCGUCUUCAUCGACGCCGUGUCCUUCCUGUCGGGGAAGAGGCUGGCGCUGUCCCUGGACAGGUACAUCCUCGUGGACAUCGACGACAUCUUCGUGGGGAAGGAGGGGACGCGCAUGAACGUCAACGAUGUUCAGGCCCUGCUUGAUACUCAGAAUCUUUUGCGUGCACAAAUCACAAAUUUUACGUUCAACCUGGGAUUUUCAGGGAAAUUUUACCAUACAGGGACGAGGGAGGAGGACGAAGGCGACGACCUCCUGCUGCGGUCCGUGGACCAGUUCUGGUGGUUCCCGCACAUGUGGAGCCACAUGCAGCCCCACCUCUUCCGCAACGAGUCGUCGCUGGUGGAGCAGAUGGUCCUCAACAAAAAAUUCGCCUUGGAGCACGGGAUCCCCACGGACUCCGGCUACGCGGUGGCCCCGCACCACUCCGGCGUCUACCCCGUGCACGGCCCGCUCUACGGGGCCUGGAAGAAGGUGUGGGACGUCGGCAUCACCAGCACCGAGGAGUACCCGCACCUGAAGCCCGCCAGACACCGGAGGGGCUUCAUCCACAAGAACAUCAUGGUUCUCCCAAGGCAAACCUGUGGGCUUUUCACUCACACGAUUUUCUACAAAGAAUAUCCGGGGGGCCCGAAAGAGCUGGACAGCAGCAUCCAGGGAGGGGAGCUUUUCUUCACUGUGGUCCUCAACCCCAUCAGCAUCUUCAUGACCCACCUGUCCAACUACGGGAACGACCGACUGGGAUUGUACACUUUCGUUAACCUGGCCAACUUCGUGCAGAGCUGGACCAACUUGCGACUUCAGACCCUGCCCCCAGCACAGCUGGCUCACAAGUAUUUUGAGCUCUUUCCUGAUCAAAAAGACCCGCUCUGGCAGAAUCCUUGUGAUGACAAACGCCACAGAGACAUUUGGCCUAAGGAGAAAACCUGUGAUCGCUUACCGAGAUUCUUGGUAAUAGGACCCCAGAAAACUGGAACCACCGCUUUGUAUCUGUUCCUGGUUAUGCACCCUUCCAUCCUUAGUAAUUCCCCCAGCCCCAAAACCUUUGAGGAGGUACAGUUCUUUAAUAGAAAUAACUACCACAGGGGGAUUGAUUGGUAUAUGGAUUUCUUCCCCGUCCCAUCUAACGCCACCACUGACCUUCUGUUUGAGAAGAGCGCCAGUUACUUCCACUCGGAGGAAGCACCAAAGAGAGCAGCGUCUCUGGUCCCUAAAGCCAAGAUCAUCACCAUCCUCAUCGACCCAUCGGACCGAGCGUACUCCUGGUACCAGCAUCAGCGAUCCCACGAAGACCCCGCGGCGCUGAGGUUCAGCUUCUACGAGGUGAUCUCGGCCGGGCCGCGCGCGCCCCCCGAGCUGCGGGCCCUGCAGAAGAGGUGCCUGGUCCCCGGGUGGUACGCCAGCCACAUCGAGAGGUGGCUCCUUUACUUCCCGCCGCUGCAGUUGCUGAUUAUUGAUGGGCAACAGCUAAGAACAGACCCUGCUACAGUGAUGGACGACGUACAGAAGUUUCUAGGAGUCUCUCGUCAUUAUAAUUACUCAGAAGCUUUAACGUUUGAUUCCCAUAAAGGUUUCUGGUGUCAGUUGCUGGAAGAAGGUAAAACGAAAUGCCUUGGAAAGAGCAAAGGAAGAAAAUACCCCCCAAUGGGUCCUGAUAGCAGAGCCUUCCUCUCCAGCUACUACCGGGACCACAACGUGGAGCUGGCCAAGCUGCUGCACCGGCUGGGGCAGCCCCUGCCGGCCUGGCUGAGACAGGAGCUGCAGAAGGCGAGAUAG